AUGCCCAACAGUAGCUACAUCAAUGCACUAGUACGCUCUCUCCACGAUGAGAGCCAGGAGCACAACGUUGUCACGUUAAGGUUGUUUGCCCUCAGAAGCUAUGGAGAGUCCUUCGCUCGUCUACGUGCGACAGACAGACGUAACGGACGACCCAUAGACGAUGGCUGGGAUACUGCAAUGGCGAUAACAUCGACCUCGUGCACAAACUCGUUUGUCAAACGAGUCGACUCGUGUCUGGAUGUUGCGUAUGACAGGAUCAUUUUCCUUCGCCAUGACAGAGGCGAUCAUUGCACAAUCAUGUCAUCAGAACUUACUGAAUCAUUGUUGUCCAACGACAAUGACGACGAAGCGAUAGAUCCAGUCAAUACUCAAGAGCAACCCAGUACGCCAACAAUGUCCUCCUUCUUUUGGCUGACAGUUAUGGUGGUUUGCCUUCCAAUGUUUCUCUUUGGAUUCAAUACUGGUGUUCUCAAUGCUCCCGAACCUUACAUUUUUGUGGGUCAUUCAGUGAUGGAGUGGUCGUUCGCCGUUUCAGCCUUUUGCGCGGGCGGUUUUGUGGGUGCCAAUGUCUCUGGAAAAGCUGCAGAUGCAUAUGGAAGACGACUGUGUUUGAUUGCCAUUUUGUUCAGCAAUCUGGUCUUCGGAAUUUUGCAUUCGAUUGCACCCAGCAUGCUUUGGCUAAUCAUUGCUCGAUUUGGAGUGGGAGUGGCUGGCGGAGCUUCGACGGUACUAACACCUAUGAUGUUGUCGGAGAUUUCACCCACCAAAAUUCGUGGUUCCGUUGGAACUUUGACACAAUUGGCCUGUGUUUUGGGAAUCUUGGUCAGUAUUUUAUGGGCACUCCCCUUUUGUUCCGAUGACGAGUGGCGUUACAUAUUUUUACCCAUUGCGGUGAUUGCUGCCUUUGGACUAUUGGCAAGUCCGUUCUGUCUUCCAGAAAGUCCGCGUUGGUUGUUGCUGAAUCAAUACGAAACUCGGGGAGAAGAAGCACGCAACACAAUGCAGCUCUUUCGCAAAGAGAGUGCCCAUGAAAUGGAAGAAAUUGAAAUGGAAGUCUUGGAGCUAUUAGGCGAAAAUUACAAUGUAGCAGAUACGAAUUCUGAAAUACCCAUGUUCCGCCACAUGGCCUCCAACAGCAUUCCCCCCCUUUCAAUCGACGAAGAACAAGAAGCAGAGCAAGUCGUCGAUAUUCUACCUGAUCACUCGUUCAAAGCCUACGCCAAGGAUCCUCGCAAUCGCGUGGCAAUUUUGAGCUCGGUCCUUUUUCCUGUGGCUCAACAGUUGAGUGGCAUCAAUGCGGUCUUUUACUAUUCGACAUCCUUUUUUGAGGGCGUCAUUAGCAAUCCACAAAAUGGAACCAUUAUUGCGUUUUCGGUCAAUGUUGUUGCGACGCUAGUGGCACUGGCACUAAUGGAUCGACUGGGACGAAAAACGCUACUGUCGUGCUCGGCGGGUGGAAUGUUUGUCUGCUGUGUGGUGCUGACCUUUUCUCUACUGGGCAUGCUUCCUGGAUAUAUCACAGUAGUUGCCGUCAUGCUGUUCAUUUCCUUUUUUGAAAUGGGUUUGGGAUGUAUUCCCUUCUUUUUGAGCUCAGAGCUGAUUGCUCCAGAGCAUGUGGGCACAGUCCAAUCCAUCAGUAUGAGCUCGAAUUGGUUUUCCAACUUUUGUGUGGGACUACUUUUUCCACUCAUGGAUCAAACGUUGGGCCCCUAUUCCUUUGUCCCAUUCGCUUGCGCGCUGCUUGUGACGGUCUUAUAUUCCUUGUUUGUCUUGCCCGAGACACGAGGAAAGACCUAUCAGGAAGUAAGACAAGAGAUGGAUGUGCGGUGGCAACAAAAUGCAUCCUUUUCACCCGUUCCGCAGGAGACGGGACAAUUGGCACUCGGUCAACAGCAGUCAGUCGAACCAGAAACGACAAUUGUAUAA